UAACUCCAAAUUCAACGCAGUACGGAUUGGACUGACAGUUAAUGCCCGAGGAUAUUGCCAGAAUUUGAAAGUUUAUGCUAGUCAAUGAGAACAAGGUGAGUCACAUUGUGUUGUGCAAUAGGAUAUAAAUCUCACUUGUAUUUCACGUCACGUUUUGAUCACUGACUGGACGAUCGGUGCUGCGAUUAUUAAUCAAUCUUUGCCUAGCCGCUUUUACACAGUGUAUAUAAGGCUAGACAGUCGCGCCCAGAAAUACCCGGUUGCUAGUGCUCUAUCGUGUGUGGAGAGGGACGAGAAAAAAUCUAUUUCUAGCACGCCUCUUCUUCCCGUGCAGUAAACGAUACGGCAUUUGACUAGUCGAGCUUGAACUUCUGACCAGACUGAUGUUGUGUGUGUGCAUGUGAAAGGGAUAUUUUCAAUCACUCGUCAGUUUUCAACAACCAACAUUCCAAAGAUGCAGGAAACCAGCCAAGAUCAAGAUCAGAUUAUUAUGACACCGGGGAAGAGGACAGCCAAUUCUACCACUAUUGUGGUGGAAAGGCGUCCCAUAGCUAUCAAAGACCAGCAAGAAAAUCUUCAUGUCGCAGGUGGGGCUCACAAAGGGAUUGUUAUUAACAAAAACACUGUGGCCGUUGAAGAUGAUCCAACACCGGCACAACUUUCAUUGGAGUUUUGUGUGUACUUGAUCAGUGCUGCCACAAACAUGCACACCAAGGAAAGUCGACAACUCAGAUUUUGGUUCAAGGAAGUGGUCUCUGAAAGUGAUCAACCAAAGGUGGCUCAAGAAUUCUUCAAACAAUUGGUUGCCCCAUUCGAAUUUCCCAGGGACUAUGUUGGAUUCAUCAAGAAAAUCAUGAAACUGAUGCAACAAGAUUAUCCUACUUUACGAAAGAUUGAAGUAGAACUGAAGCAGCUUGGACAGUCCAGUCAGCCACCACCUGAUGCAGCCAAACAGGGAACUAUACUUUUAUCUGUGGGAAUAAAGGGGAAGCCUAAAAAGGUUAAAGGUAUGAUGGAUCAAGACGUGAGUCUUACCGAAAUUGAAGUCACAUCUUCGCGUUUAUUGGAAAUGAUCGAGUCUGCCUAUCCCAGUCCUCUGUCUGUGUCUGAAAUGGCCAAACAAACGCACAGCGAAAAAAGUAAAGUAUUUUUACUCCUAUCGGAACUUCAAGCAAGUGGCAUGGUGAAAACCGUGAAUGGCAACGAAUCAUUCACCCGCGUAGUGCAAAACGAAAAUAAAGUUAAAGUGGUUAAGCAAAUGCCGAAAAUCGUCAAGGCCAAGCAGCCCACUAUCGCCAUUAUUACUUCUCAGUAUUGCGAGAAACUUGCGGUUGACGCCAUGAUGGAUGACCAAGAAACUUUUGUUCGCUACACGACCGUCGGUGAAUCAAAUAUCUACACGUUGGGUAACAUCGGCCAGCACAGAGUGGUCUGUACAAAACUUCCCACCGUUGGCCACACACGAGAAGCCCUGAUUGCUUCCGGAAGCACAACAACCCGACUUCUGGGGACGUUCCAGGCAGUUGAAUUCGUAAUUCUCGUGGGAUUAGGCGGAGGAGUUCCUCAUUACACGGACCAUGCACGCCACGUUCGCCUUGGUGACGUUGUCGUUUCUUCGCCCAUCCCACCAAACAAAGAUAUAUAUACGUAUUGUGAACUGGAACCAGUUAAAGAAGGGCAGACGCAAAGCACUCCAGUUUAUGAAACGAAAUCCUGGGCCCCGCCAACGCUCCUCCUACAAGAAAUCAGCAGCCGCUUGAAAACACAAGGCGAGGAAAAUCCUAGUCAGGCAGUUUGGAAUGAUUACCUCACAGACGGAAUAAGUAAACUGUCGAAAGAUGGCGUUAACUUUGCUCGUCCUUCAGAAGACACUGAUAAAUUAUACAUGUCUCUUGGAGGAUCUGACGUCAUUGAGGUCACGCAUCCCACUGGCUCUUCUGAAAAUGGGCGCCAGACAGGCAAGCCAGUAAUUCACCUAGGACCGAUAGCUGCUGGCCGUCAAGUGAGCAAGGACGAUCAACUUCGACAGGAUUUUGCCACCCGCUUUGGAAUAUUGGCGUUCGACAUGGAAUACGAUGCAGUCAUUGAAAGCGUUUACGGCAAUCGAAAAGAUUCUUAUUUGAUUGUGCGUGGCAUAGCCGACUACAAAGAUGGCUCAAGGAAAAAGGAAUGGCAACCUUAUGCAUCACUAGCAGCAGCUGCUUUCACAAAAGCUGUCAUUUGUUCAAUGACCCUUUCCAAUGACGACUAAGUUACAUUGUUUGGCCCUACUCAAUUUGCCAAAAUUCUAUUGCCAUUCAGUUGUUCUCUGAAAUUUGGUGUCUCUAUCUCUUCAAAUCAUUUGAUCUGUUUAUUUGUUAAGAUCUGACAUUCACAACCAUACUUUUUAGCCGUUUUUAAAUCGAGUCAUCCAGCUGCUGCAUUUUCCUUUGCUAUUCCCAAAUAACGUCCUAGUCCAUACAACUAUAUUAGACUAAUAGCCAGAACAUAAUAUAUUUGCAUCACGCAAGCUAAUUAUUUUUAGCUAUAUAAUAUCUAGCUACAAAUUGACGAAUCAUCAUUCAUUUUUAAAUGCAAACAUAUUAUAUCCAAAAUACAAAUUAAUGGUAGCUUUUAGGUGGAAUUUAUGAUACGGCCUUUUUUUUCAAAAUCGAAUUCUGUGUAAGAACAGUAUUAUUACAAUACAAUUGCUUCAAGUCUU